GUGCAGCGUUGGGACCGGAGCGAUGACGUGAUUGUCGCCUGUGUGCCUUCUAUUUUGCAACCGGUUGCCGCGCGUGAAACGUCACAGUCACAGUCCCAGUGGCACGAUCGUAUAUAAGUUAGUGUUUAUCAUAAAUCCAACCAGUUCCAAUACCGGUUCGGUGCUGGCGUGAUAUCGGUUCUUGAGCUUACCAGUGCGCGGAUUUGUGUGGGUGGCUUGAAUAACAAAUAGAUUGAUAGUGUUUCCCAGAAGUGUUUUUAUAGCUCCAGUCUAGUGCAAUGAUGGACAAGGUCGUGGCUGUCGCAGCGAUGCUGCUCUGUUUUAUUGUUACGUUCUGUCUAUCAGCACAGAUAGAAAUCUCGGCCACUACUGCCUCCAACAGCGAGACUUCAUGUGCGGCACCCCCAAAACACUACCUCGAGCUCGGAUGUAAACCCAUUCAAGAUGAAGGACAUUCCUGUCCGAAUAGGUUUGAGUGUCCGACGCUGACGGAUCGUGACGGACAGAAGUGCUAUUUCAAUGGUAACAUUUACGAGUCUGGCAGUUCGCUGUCCAGACAAGACCAAGAAUUGGUUUCCUGUGAUCCUGGUUGUCGUUGUGCUAACUAUACAUCACCCGCUUCCUUUAUCUGUGCCCACAUCGAUUGUCCCGAAUUCUUCGGAGGAAUUAAAGAAGACUGUAUCUACCAGUAUGAGGCACGCGGAUGCUGCUCGUCAAAUCAUGUUUGUGGUGCGGAAAUGAACAAACUGAGCGAGUGCUACUUAGAAGGUGAAAAAUACCUGGAAGGACAGAAAAUGUACCCCAAAGAGGACAGCUGUUACAUCUGCCAUUGCCAGAAGGGUUUCGACAAUAGUACCGUCACAAAAAAUCCUAACUGCUAUGAGAUAAACUGCGGCAUUGAGUUGCGCAGCACGCAGUGGUUGGCCGAUGGUUGUAUACCGAUCUACUUCGGAACGGACCGCUGCUGCCCAAUCUCGUGGAGAUGUCCCGAUGAUAAAGACACUGUAAUCGUGGAAGGACGGCAGGAUACACCGGAAACAGUUAAUCCACUGAUGCAGUGCACUUUUGGCAAUCUAACGAUGAAUAUAGGAGAUUCUAUUUCAUCUGACGAUAAAUGUGUCGCCUGCAAAUGCACUGUCCCUCCGAUGCCUCACUGUAUACAGACUAGAGAUUGUUGAAAGAGAUGUUUAUUGAUAUUGGAAAAAUGUGUUGGAAAUCUAUAAUAACUUAUAAAUAAAAAGACCUCUUUGGAUGGAGUGUUACCUA